UUCCGCGGAUUCCACAGGGUCAUUCCGGACUUGCCACUCCAUUGCAAUGGAGAGGAUUCGCAUGGUUUGGUUUUUGCCCAGAUGACAAAAUUUGGAAGAAAACGAAACCCCCCUCAGCAAGAGGCAAUUUCACCGGCAGAGCGCCCUGGCCCGCCCCGCGCUGCGGCCGGGGAAGCGGCCCCGGCCGGGAGGAGCGGGGAGCGUCUGCUAAUUGCAGCUUCGUUAGAUUUCGGGUUUGGGAGGCUGCGGUUCGGGCGCUAAUAUCCGCCGCCCAUUAUCCUGGCUAAUAAAUUUGACCUAUUGUUCGUUUGUUAAAAUGAUGUCACCUUGGAACAGUCCCUAAGCUCCUAUUUCCAUGAAUUAGGCCUUUAUUGAAAGCCGGGAGCCAAUGGGAGGAGAGAGGCUUGUUGAUCGCAGCCAAUGGCUGCGGCGGGAGAGGAAUUAGCAGCGGAAACUCCAGGUUCGGUUCAAGAAAGAUGACACAGAGCCUGUCGGGCCCGCGCACUCUUGGCAAAGUUUCAGUGCAACGAGAGGCGCCGGGCGCUCCAUGGCCGCGCCGUAACAGGGACCCAGCCGCCUCCCCGCCCAGCCCAGCCCAGCCCUUCCGCCCGCCCAGGAUGGAGGCGCCCGCCAGCGCGCAGACCCCGCACCCGCACGAGCCCAUCAGCUUCGGCAUCGACCAGAUCCUCAACAGCCCGGACCAGGACAGCGCACCGGCCCCGCGGGGCCCCGACGGCGCCAGCUACCUGGGAGGGCCCCCCGGGGGCCGUCCGGGCGCCACAUACCCGUCUCUGCCCGCCUCCUUUGCCGGCCUCGGCGCGCCCUUCGAGGACCCGGGAUCUUACAGUGUCAACCUGAGCCUGGCGCCCGCCGGAGUGAUCCGAGUGCCAGCGCACAGGCCGCUGCCCGGGGCCGUGCCACCGCCUCUGCCUAGCGCGCUGCCCGCCAUGCCCUCCGUGCCCACGGUCUCCAGCCUGGGCGGCCUCAAUUUUCCCUGGAUGGAGAGCAGCCGCCGCUUCGUGAAAGACCGCUUCACAGCGGCGGCGGCGCUCACGCCCUUCACCGUGACCCGGCGCAUCGGCCACCCCUACCAGAACAGGACACCGCCCAAGCGUAAGAAGCCGCGCACGUCCUUUUCUCGGGUGCAGAUCUGCGAGCUGGAAAAGCGCUUCCACCGCCAGAAGUACCUGGCCUCCGCCGAGAGGGCGGCGCUCGCCAAGUCCCUCAAAAUGACGGACGCGCAGGUCAAGACCUGGUUCCAAAACCGGAGGACCAAAUGGCGGCGGCAGACGGCGGAGGAGCGGGAGGCGGAGCGGCAGCAGGCGAGCCGGCUCAUGCUGCAGCUGCAACACGACGCCUUCCAAAAGAGCCUCAACGACUCCAUCCAGCCCGACCCUCUCUGUCUGCACAACUCGUCGCUGUUUGCUCUGCAGAAUCUGCAGCCCUGGGAGGAGGACAGCUCCAAGGUCCCCGCCGUCACUUCUCUGGUGUGAGCCACGGAUC